AUGUCGGUGACCCAAACGCAAACGCAGUCAAGGAGCCAUGCCGGCCACUCUCAUGGCCAUGGACACAGUCACGACUCGGCCUAUCUGGUCUCGAAGAACAAGAAAGAUCCGGGGGUGCGAAUAACAAGGAUUGGGCUCUGCGUCAAUGUCGCCAUGGCCCUUGGGAAGGGUGUCGGGGGAUACAUUUUCAACUCUCAAGCCCUCAUCGCCGACGGAUUUCAUGCCUUGACUGAUCUGGUUUCCGACUUCAUGACCCUGGCGACCAUCUCCUGGUCGCUGAAGCCAGCGACGGCCAGGUUUCCCAGUGGUUACGGCAAGAUUGAGAGCUUGGGAGCUCUGGGAGUAAGUAGUCUGUUGCUAUUUGGUGGCAUAGGCAUGGGUUUCAAUAGCUUGGACGCUCUGUACACGCAGCUCUUCCUCGACGCCGCCACAAUUACUGCUCACGCGCACGAGCACGGAGAGCAUUCACACCGGCUGUUCUCGUUCCUCGGUCACAGCCAUAGUCAUGGAGCGGCAGUGCCAGACAUCAACGCUGCAUGGCUUGCUGGAGGCUCAAUCGUGGUCAAGGAGUGGUUGUACCAAGCAACCAUGAAAGUUGCCCGAGAACGCAAAUCUUCCGUCCUCGCCUCCAAUGCCAUCCACCACCGUGUCGAUUCCCUGACCAGCAUCGUCGCCCUUGCUACCAUCGGCGGAGCACAUCUGUUCACGGAUGCUUCAUGGUUGGAUCCUGUUGGCGGGCUGAUUAUAUCGGCGAUGGUUAUAAGAGCUGGAUGGGGCAAUACCAAAGCUUCUCUACUGGAGCUUGCAGACGUCACUGUGGACGACGAAAUCAAAGAUUCUGUUCGCAGAGCCGCUUCACAAGCUUUGAAGGGAGAUCUUGACAAAGGCAUACCCGCCGUCGAAUUCGGUGAUCAAACACAAAUUAGAGACAUCCAAGGUGUCAAAUCCGGGCAAAACUACUUGAUGGAGAUCGAACUGGCCGUGCCCAAAGACCUACCACUAGAGCGCUUGGGAGUCAUCGAACACGCAGUGCGAGAGAGGGCUGGAGCCAAAGUACGCGGUGUCCGUCGUGUUCGCAUCAAGUUUAUCUCGGCGGACGAUACCCAGACGACACUUGCUGGCGACUUUAUCGACCCGGAUGUCAGUGUCAGGAGUAGCCCAGAGCCCGAAGAUGAAGUCAGUCAUAAUCACGACCACGGCCAUGGCCACGACCACGCUCAUGGUCAGCCAAAUGGCCAUGUGCACACGACCAUGAAAAGCAAAAAAGAUUCUUGA